GACCCGAUACCCUCAGUCCUUGAAGCGUCACCAAUUAUUUGCUUAUUCGCGACAAUCAGCCAGCAAUUGGACGAUUGGACGAUUGGCCAAUCUCAGGUAUCCUGGCCAAGUGGCCACAUUGUGACGCGACUGUCGGCCACGACGCACCACAGCGCGCCGAGCCGCAUCGCCAACAUGUUCGCCGCGCUGCUCGUCUUCGCUGUUGCAGCAUCAUUUGUGGUGCAUGCAGACGAAGAAAUAAUGAAGAAUCUGUCGCUUGUAACAUGGGCACACGCUGUCAACAACAAGACAUAUCUCGAAGCUUCUUUAGCAAGCGAAGUGUCAAUGCUAGAAGCGGAUAUCGUCCUGGGUCAUGUGACGGGUAAAGACGGGCCUCCCAUACCGAUCAUGGCGCAUCCUCCGGCCACAACCUCCGACCUCACGCUGGCAGACUUCAUGGCAGCCGUGGCCCAGUACAACAACGUCAACGCCAAGCAAAAGGGGGUGAAACUAGACUUCAAGGUCAUCGAUGCUUUUGAGAAGUCACAAGAGAUUAUAGCACGAUUCAGCAAGCCUGAGGUGACCUUUCCACUGUGGCUGAACGCGGACAUCCUCCCCGGACCGAUAAAGGCGACGACCAAGCCCGUGGACCCGGACAAGUUCCUCGAGCUGGCAUCCAAGCACGCGCGGGCUGUGCUGUCCGUGGGCUGGACCACGGCGCACGCGCCCAACAGCUCCGAGGGGGAAUACAACCGCGACCAGAUCGGUGACAUGCUGCGUCUACUCAACAACCACCGCAUCAAUCAGACUGUCACAUUCCCGCUGCGCGCCGGCCUCGCUUCCAACAGCCAGCCCGUCGUGUUGGAUCUGCUCCGCGAGACCAAGUACCUGAACUCGUCGAUGACGGUGUGGGCGAGUGAGGACGACCCCAUCGAGGUGGAGCGCCUGCGAGCCCUCAUCCUGACCGUGGGGCUGGAGCGCACGUACGUGGACGUGCCCCGGGAGUUAUCGGCCCGCCUCAAGCUGCCCACCCCGGGAUUGAACACCAAGAACUAAAUAAAUGAUGUGUUUAUUAAAUGAUUA